UAGUGGGUUUGUUGCCAUGCAUUUAUGUGACUUCCCCUUAGUGCGUGCUCUUGUUUCAGUAGCGGGGGCGUGCAGCUCCUCUGUCUCAUCCAUUUUCACAUUUGUCCUCUCAACCCAGAGACAAGAACAGAAAUCUUCACCCAACUUUUCUUCCAAGUCGCCUACACGCCGACGACAACGAAAUGUUGAGGCGAAAGCCUUCCAACGCUUCGGAGAAGGAGCAGGUGCAGAAGAAAAAGCUCACUCUGCAGAGGUCAAGCAGCUUCAAGGACUUCAUGAAGCCCAAAGUGACCUCACCUGUCACGCCGGACAAGGAGUUUGUCCUCGAUGAGAGUGUGGAAGGGAGCGUCACGGAGGGAGGGAAAAGCAGCGGCAAACUUGGCAAGAAGUGGCGUUACGUCAUCUCCCGCACGAUAACCAGCAAGAACUCCAAGAUGGUGCAAAAGGUUCUAGCUGAGGAGGGGCCUCUUCAAGGUGAGAGCAGUGAGGAACUCGUGUCCCCUAAGUGGGGAGGCCAAAGGAUGUCAACGUCCUCCACAGGCUCAGAAGAGACGGCUUCCAGUCCUAUCACCUGUCCUUUUUCUGGCAAUAGUGACAGACAGAGUCUGGACAGCGGUUAUUGUCAGAGGGACAGCAUGAAACUGGAGGAGAAUGCCGUCUCCUUCGACGGACCCUUCUGUGGCCGCGCCGUGGUGCACACCGACUUCACCCCCAGUCCCUAUGAUGUGGAGUCCCUGAAACUUCAAAAAGGAGAUAUUAUCCACAUUAUCGAGAAGCCUCCCGUGGGCACCUGGACAGGAAAACUCCACCACAAGGUGGGCUCCUUUAAGUUCAUAUACAUCAAUCUCCUGCCCGACGAGAGCCCCCCUGUCAGACGAAGACGUUGUGACAGCAAGACCAACAGAAACAAGUCCAAACCAUCCACCCUGGAGGAGGUGCUGGACUGCAUUGGGUUAAUGGACUUGUCUUUCUUGCUGUCCAUGCAUGGUUUUCAGAACCUGGAAGACUUCAUGGGUUUGAGGGAGUCUCACCUCAAUGAGCUGAACAUCACUGACCCGGAUCAACGCGCCAAGAUCCUGAGCAUUGCCGACCUGCUCCGAGACCCCGAGGAUGAAUCCAAUCCGCAGGAGGAGGAUGAGGAAGAGGAGGAGGUGGAGACAAGACCAAAGGAACCGAGGGAUUCGGGCUGUUUUGACAGCUCGGAGCAGCUGGAUGUGAAGCCUGAGGAGGCUCAACCGGAAAGGGAGCCUCAGGAUAACCGGUCAGAAAGCAGCAAGGAGACAGUGAUUGAUGAACAAAAGGCGAUCGAUGAUGUCCAACAAUACCUGCAAGAACUGAGUGUGCAAGAAGCAUAUUGAAGACUCCAAAUCGAAUCAUGUAAAUGUUGCCAUCGUGGUCCUGAAGUUUUUUUUGGACAGUAGCAGUGAGGGGGCGUUGUGUUGUGACAUAAACACAAUCAUCGCACCGUCAAAGUCUGCUGCACUUUUGUAAAUCUGCUUGGAUUGUUUCCUAGAAAGUGUGGAAACAAGAAAGGGGAUCCAGGUGUUUGAAGUGUUGGAUGAAGAGGAGGUUGUUGGCAAGAUGUAUGUUGGACAAUACAUAUACGAGCUAGAUGCUCAGGAUGCGGAAAAUGUUGUGCACAUGGAGUGGAGACGAGACCCUGAGAGAUUGUAAGAACGGUACGCAACAUUGGCUGCAUUUAUCAGCCUAGCAUUAUUGUUUGCAGUUCGAUGAUACGCCAUGCUGUAAAAUGCGCACGAUGGGAUAACCUACUUGGGCCAUGUAUUCAAUGCACUGAGAGUGCACGUUAUAGUGGGUUGGUGUCCUACAUUGUCAUUGCUAAGGUAAUUUUGUUGCAUUGUAGGCCACGCUGUACAUUAUAUUGGCAGCAUUGUCAGUUGUAAACCAUUACGGAGGAUUGCAUCCAGGCGCUCAUAUAGUUUGAAUGUUUUCGUACAGAAUUACAUCCAUGUCCAUUUACAAUUACUCGAAUGUUUUCAUAAACAACAGCCAUAGUUUUUCAUUGAUAAUCAAAACUACCUUUUUUGAAAAUCCGGUAAAAAAAACAUAAGUCUUGGAACAAAGAAUGCUCAUCGAAACUAAAUUGUUCCAAUUUUCCGAUCCAUUUACGUGCCUUAUUCUUUUCUUUCUUUUGGCCACUCAAACAACGGUUUGCCUGAAUGUGAACAGUGCUAUCAACAGUGCAUUACAAUGGCUGACUGGCAACUCAGCACUGUGUAGAUGACAUCGCUUGCCAGAGAUUGACAAGCAAAAGCAUUUUUGUUGUUAAGAGCGUUGCUACAGGUCUAAGUACGAACCUGGGUGGGUUGUGUAAAAAAACAAAACAAAACAAAGCAAAACAAAAACGAAUAAACGUAUGCUUAAAAUAGUUUUAGCUGUAAGUACUACUCAAAAGACUACACUUUAAGAGUACCUUUAAGGACAGCCAGUCUGAUUCUUAAUAACAUACACACACACAAUAUAUAUAUAUGAAAAAUACAUAUUGGCUCAAAAUAUUGGUAUUCGGCCUCCUUGGCCACUAAGAAUCAGUUUCGGUAUCGGCCCUGAAAGAACUAUAACGUCCAUCUCUAAUUUCCAACCCAAAUUAUCUAGUUAACCUUUGGCAUUCAACUUUGACACUCUGCGCCAGGUUUAGUGGAUCGCUAUUUUUCACUUGUAUUCUUGUUUCAAUUGUUUUAUGUUCAAAAUGUUUGAUAGCUUCAGGUUAAUUUUUGUAUGUGUACAGCACUCUGUUCUGUGGCUUUUUCUUGAUGUGCUUUAUGAAUAAAGUUCAGUUGAGUUUCAAAA